CCAAAUAACGAGUUCAUGCCAAUGUGAUCUUCGUGAUUAGAUGAUAAGAGCUAUUUAUCGGCGUUUAUUUGUUUUAGAAGAAUAAUUGAAGCUCAGAAAUGUUGAAGGGCACCGUAGCUUUGGUGACUGGUGGUGCUUCUGGGUUAGGACGUGGCACUGUGGAAAGGUUUGUCAAGCAAGGUGCUAAGGUAAUUAUUGGUGAUUUGCCUGUUUCAAAAGGUAAAACUGUAGCUGACGAAUUAGGAGAAGACAACGCAGUGUUUGUACCUAUGGAUGUAACUUCGGAAUCUGAUGUUCAAGCUGCUCUUGAUUUUACGAAACAAAAAUUUGGUAAGCUUGAUGUUCUCGUCAACUCCGCUGGUAUUGGCGUAAUCUCUAAGACAUAUAAUAGUAAUGAAAAACUUCCUCACAAAUUGAAGGACUUCGCUAGAAUUAUCGAAGUUAAUACCACUGGUACUUUCAACGUUAUUCGCCUCUCUGUCGGUUUAAUGAUUGAAAAUUCUCCUAAUCAAAAUGGUCAAAGAGGUGUAAUUGUUAAUAAUGCAAGUAUCGCCGCUUUUGAUGGUACAACAGGGAAAGCUGCUUAUUCUGCUUCGAAAGGAGCAGUCGUAGGGAUGACUUUACCUAUCGCUCGUGAUCUUUCCAAGGAUGGAAUUCGUGUCGUAACAAUUGCUCCAGGACUUUUUGAUACUCCCUUAUUAAGAAAGAUGCCAGAAAAGUUACGAACCAUUAUAACAGAAAAUAUAGCGUUUCCUCAAAGAUGGGGAAAUCCUGAUGAGUUUGCUAUGUUAGUACAGCAGAUCGUUGAAAAUCCAAUACUAAAUGGAGAGACAAUUAGAUUGGAUGGUGCUUUGCGAAUUAUUUAAAGGACUAUUAAUUUUUUUCAUAA